AUGUCGUCCUCGAAUGACCUCCGGACGAAAAUUCUCACCCAAAUCACAACGAAUGACGUAGCGGGGAUUCUCCAUGAAGUCCUUCAGAUAUCCGAGACGGAUUCCAAGGUGAGCAAAGCAAAGGUGAUGAAAAACAUUUUAGAGGUGUUGGACAUCAUCGCUUCGCAAGCGAACACCUCUGCGCUCCUUGUAGCUGUCUGCGAACAAGCAACUGAAUGGGCAAAGAAGAACAACAGAGCGUAUCUGUUACAAAGACUCAACCAAAGACUCGCGCAGUACUACUACGAAAAUGACCAAUGCGCAAAAUCACUUUCGUUGAUUGUCGACUUGUUAAAGAACGCAAAGAGAACCGACGACAAACUCCUUUCAGUCGAGCUCCAACUGCUCGAAGCAAAAGUACACCGAAAGGUCAGAAACUUGACAAAAUCACGUGGUGCGAUGACUGGAGCAAGAGUCGACGCAAACGCAAUUUACAUUUCACCACUGUUACAGGGAGAACUGGACAUUUGCAGCGGAUAUAUCAAUGGAGAGGAACACGACUACAUUACGGCAGCGUCGUAUUUCUACGAAGCGUUUGAGAAUUACCACUCUUUGAAUAUCAGAGCGAAGGCAGUUGAUGCGUUGAAGUAUUUGUUGCUUAUGAAACUCAUGCAAAAAAAACCUGGAGAGAUCGACGUUGUGUUGGGGACAAAGAACGCGGUGGGGUAUUCGGAUGACAACAGUAUCAUUGCAAUCAAAGAAGUGUCAAAGGCAUUCACCGCUAGAAGCAUCGACACAUACGACGGGUUGACUCAAAAAUUCAAUAACGAGUUGUUUGGAGACGACUUUGUGAAGGAAAAUCUUAAGGUGUUAUACGACGCACUUGUCGAGGAAAAUAUUGCGAGAGUGCUCGAGCCAUACUCUUCCGUCGAACUGUCACACGUCGCAGAGUUGGUUGGAAUGGAGGUCCACGCCGUCGAAAAAGUGAUCUCUAUUAUGAUUCUUGAGGAAAAGGUCAAUGGCAUCAUCGACCAGAACAAUGGUAUUCUCUUGUUGUUUGAAGAUGUCACCUCGAAUAAAAUCUUGUCCUCUGGAAUUGAACUCAUCGGACUCCUCGACAAAACUAUCGACUCACUCAACGACAAGGCACUUAAGGUGUUGCAAGAAUCUACAGUGUCUUCACAAAUCUAA